CAUAUUGCUUUUUAUUUUGAUUUGUCUUUAUGCACUUGCGAGACGAACAGAAAAAGAUUUGCAGUGAAAAAAGUGAAAAGCACAAAAAGUUAAAAUUAAUGAUGAAAUUUUGCUGAUAGCUCAUUUAUUCUUUAUUUGGCCUUUGUGAUACAGAGCAGUAAUGAUGCUAGUGGUCUAUUUCAAAACAUUACUCUUAGUGCAGGUUUUCUAUGGAAUUCACGGUUCAGCUGAUACGCCAUAUCGUAUAUACGAAAUGGUUCCUGAAGGUAUCUGCAAGUCUCGUCGGAUCCCCUUGUUUGAUAACCUGCUAACUCAAUCAGACCCCAUUCAACUGAGAAAUCCUGAGCGGGGUGCCAUUUUCCGGCAAACUUGGAAUGCAUCAUCCUUCAAGCGGUUCGCCGAUUGCAAGUUUUACCUGCAAGCGCCGCCAAAUAUGGGACUUUAUCUGACCGUUAGUACUGUGAAACUAAGAAAGAACAGUCGUGGCCAUUGUAUCGACAGUAUUGUGGUCAAGAAAAGCAACGAAAAGAAAUACACAUUUUGCGAUGCAAUAGACGAUGACGACGAUGAACUGAGAGUGUAUGCCGACGAUCAUGGGAAGAUGCGAGUUACCGUAAACCUGGACUCAACACUGGCUUUGCCGACUCUGGAUGAUACGCUCGAGGUGCAGUUCAUUGCAACCGUUAAGCGGGAUUGCAUGGAAGGAUACUUACCUUGUGAGGACGAUGAAGAUGAUUCUUGUAUUUACAAAGAUUUCUUCCUGGAUGGAUAUGCCAAUUGCCCUGAAUGUACCGAUGAGAAAGGAUGUUUCAAAGAGUCAGAACAGGUCCAGAUCAUGAAUCCUUCCAACGUUUUGCUAAGCGCAAUCAUAUCCCUCCUUGCAACCAUGGUUGUAUUUGGGGGUUGCCUUUGGUGCCUCUAUAGAUACCGGAACUGCAUGGGAAGUUGCAAUAGUAACAGUGCUGGUACAGUACGUAGUAAUCAGAACACAGCAGCUGUGGCAGCGGAACAUUUACAAGUCGAGCUGCAGUCCUCUGCCAUCGAAAUACAUCCUUCAGCACCUCCCGAAGAUGACAAAGAUCUGCCACCAACUUACGAAUCCUUGUUUCCGGUUAACCAACCCGGUAGGACCAGCCCUUAACCGAUUGAGAUACACAAUUGGUUUUUUUUUAAGAUUUGCUCUACUUGAGUUUGUUAUUCAGAUUGACUUGAUUUAUUUGUUUUAAUUUAAAGAUUAUAGAUUUAUCGCGUGCGAUGGGAUAAACUGUCGCAGCUUUUUUUUGUAAAUAAGGUAGAGCAGGUAUUGUAAUGAAGAAAAUGAACUGAAAAAUUCAAUGUAAUAGAUUUGUAAUCUCUUGCAUUUGAUAGCGAAAGUUUUGUACUAGUUUUAAGUGCUCGAACGUAUUCACAUUUAGAUCUGUGUGCACAAAAAGCAACAAUAUACUAUGAUAAAAGUAUUACGAAAACAAACUAACAGUCGCCACAUAAUUGAAUGUAGUUAUUUAUUAUUACAUAAUGCAAUUUCCUCAAGUCAGAAUCCGAAUAAUGCGUAAGUAGAUUAUUGACUGAAGGGAAACUUGGUAGGUUUUUUGUAACAAUAAGCAAACGUAAAAGCUAACCAAUUUAUAAACAUUAUUGAAUGUAAAUAUUGAUACUGUAUGUUGGAAUAGAUGCAUUUCCAAAUUUUACUAGAA